AUGCAGCUGGAAAUCGAACCACCGCCCGCUGUUCAAUCUCAGCAGCCAAUAUUCAAUCCGUAUCCAAAUCGGGGACGAAUUCAACAGCCGCUCGAUUGCGUAUGUGGCAAUUGCGGGCAGUCUGGGCACGAAUUAAAAUGGUGCAGAGGGCCCGUUAACAAAGAUGGGUUCAUAGACGGAUGUCCAAAAUGCAAUUCCACGAGUCAUACUUAUAUACAAUGUUCAAUGGCAGGGACCAAUGACAGCCCUCUCCGAACUUAUCUUCUCCGGUUAAGAAACAAUGCACCGCCAUUAAGAUAUCCCAAGGAUUUCCGAAAUGAAGAAUAUUGGCAAUUCGAACUACGAUUAGCGAGGAAUCAACAAGUAGAGCCUCGUCGCCCGUGGUCGGUGGAGUUCUCAAAGCAGUUUCAAAUAGAUAACCCACGUUAUUGGGAGAGCGAGGCUUUUCACAAUAGUGUGAUAGUAGAUCCUGCAUGGGAGAAUAAAAACUCGCCGCCACCAUUUCAAGGAGAUUUGACCGACGGAAAACUCGACAAACCAACUUCGACACUAGGUCAGUAUUACAAUAGACGAGCCGGCGACGACAAUCCCACUCGCAGUCGUUCUCGCUCACCGCAUCGACAACUUGAUAGAUAUCCAACCAAUCGUCGUGAUCGAUCUGAAGCAUCAGGUGUGCAUCCAUCUUGA